AAGGAAAAAGAAAACACUUCUUCGCUACAGAAUAUCGUCCCGCGUAUUUAUGUAAUAUGUUAGUGGAAAAUAGUUGACGAAAUCCAAAAUCGGAACAGAGAAUAACAACACAUUUCUGGAAUUUAACGACAAACUUAUUAUAUAAGAGCUAGUGUUACGUGUUAAGGUGAAAAGGAGGGUGACAACGGCCAAUAUGUUGUCGUCCAAAAUAGCUGUGCGUAUAGUGGCGGAAGCCCACCAGCAGGUACUGUUCUUAUCAGUACCCAGCCAAAAGAUGACGAGGCGUUUCCUGACACCAAUGACGGCCUACGAACAGCGUAUUGAAUCGAAAAAAUUGCUGCCCGAUAAAGUGCAGAAGGCCACCACCCAAGAUUUGGAGAAUUUGUAUCACGCCAUAAAGAAUUACACACCCACUCCGGUGAAGACUCAAACAUCUGGUGGCGGUGGUUUAUUUGGAAGAUUUUUGAAAAAAGAACAAGCUGCACCAAAGAUCGAAUUACUCAACGAAACUGCACCGAAAGGAUUGUAUAUUUAUGGCAGUGUUGGAGGUGGUAAAACAACAUUGAUGGACAUGUUCUAUGACUGCUGUGUAGACAUUCCCAAAAAGCAACGUGUUCAUUUUAAUUCGUUUAUGUCCAAUGUUCAUUCACGCAUACAUCAGGUGAAACAGGAACGUGGCCCACAAGAUCGUGCUUUUAAUUCGGAAAAGCCAUUGCCAUUUGAUCCCACAUUGCCGGUGGCUGAAAUGAUUGCAGCCGAAUCAUGGUUAAUAUGUUUCGAUGAAUUUCAAGUGACCGAUAUUGCUGAUGCCAUGAUUCUGAAAAGUCUAUUUACCCAUCUCUUUAAUGAGGGUAUUGUUUGUGUGGCCACCAGUAAUCGUCAUCCAAAUGAUUUGUACAAAAAUGGUUUACAACGUAGUAAUUUUAUACCUUUUAUUGGUGUGCUACUGAAUCGUUGUAAUGUUUCUGCUUUGGAUAGUGGUGUGGAUUACAGGCGUAUUGCACAAUCGGGAGAUACUAAUUAUUUUGUUACGUCCAAGACUGAUGCUAAAGCCCAAAUGGAACGAAUGUUUAAGAUUUUGUGCUCGCAAGAAAACGAUAUCAUCCGACCUCGCACCAUUACCCAUUUUGGACGUGAUUUAACGUUUCAACGUACCUGUGGUCAAGUUUUAGAUAGUACAUUUGAAGAGUUAUGCGAUCGGCCUCUGGGAGGUAGUGAUUAUAUACAAAUUGGACAAUUCUUCCAUACUGUCCUCAUACACAAUGUACCUCAAAUGACGCUGCAAAUUAAAUCACAAAUGCGUAGAUUUAUUACACUAAUCGAUACGCUAUACGAUAAUCGUGUGCGUGUUGUAAUUUCUGCCGAAGUUCCUCUAGAUCAAUUAUUUAAUUUUAGUGAUAAAUCCGAUGCUAAACCCUUGGCAGAUGAACAACGUAUGCUUAUGGACGAUCUGAAGUUGACAGUGAAUGAUACCUCAGCAAGCGUUUUCACCGGCGAAGAAGAAAUGUUUGCUUUCGAUCGUACGCUAUCACGUCUGUAUGAAAUGCAACAGAAGGAAUAUUGGGAACAAUGGGCCAAACAUCGUUAAA